AUGGCCGAGGAUGUCUACAUCACAGACCAAUGUCGUAAUUUGGAGUUUGGACCUGAGAAGGCGUUUGAAGGGAAACGCCUCGUAAACCACACAAUUCGCACCGUAGAAAUAACAGUUUCCAGGUUCUGUGAAAACUUGUGUUACAUGGAGCCCUACUGCGUCAGCGUUAAUCUUUAUACACGGGCAGAUGGAAAAGGAAACUAUAAAUGUGAACUGAACAAUGCUACUCAUGAAGGACACGAAGAAAAGUUGAUAGACCAAAAAAUGUUUUCUUAUCACGCAGCUGAGAGCAAUUGUGUUCAAAAUCCAUGUAACAACAAUGCUACUUGUCAAAGUGGAUUUACUACGAAAGGUUAUCGGUGUCUGUGUAUCGCUGGAUUUGAGGGUCCACUUUGCGAAAGAGAAAUUAAUGAAUGUGUUCGUGGACUACACAAAUGCAGCUCUGAUGCGUUUUGCAACAAUACUAAAGGUUCAUAUAAUUGCACAUGCAAACAUGGAUUCACGGGAAAUGGACGAGAAUGUAGAGACAUCGACGAGUGUGUCGCAAGGUCACACUCUUGCAGCCCUGAUGCCUAUUGCAACAAUACAAAGGGGUCUUUCAACUGUACAUGUAAACCUGGAUUCACUGGGAGUGGAAGAGAAUGCAAGGGAGCUAACUCGUGUAAAGAAAUUUUUUUAUUCAAACGAUCAAGUAUGAGUGGUGUGGUUACCCUUCUUGUUGACUCGAAACCAUUGUCCGUUUUUUGUCACAUGGGAAAUUUUGGGUGUGGAGUUGGAGGAUGGACGCCAGUCAUGAAGAUUAACGGAAAUGAGACCACCUUCCAUUAUGACUCGCAGUAUUGGAGCAAUUACGAUGAAUACAACCGCCUCGGUGGAGAGACUGGGUUUGACAAACAGGAAACAAAGCUACCCACCUACUGGAACACCCCCUUCUCCAAAAUAUGUCUCGGAAUGAAGAUCGGCCAACAGCUCGGGUUCAUUGUCAUCAACAAGCGAGCUGACUCUCUGCACUCACUGAUUGCCGAUGGCCGAUACCGCGCCACCUUACUGGGUCGUGAGAAGUGGAAAGAGUUGACUGGUUCCCAAGGCUCAUUACAGUACAACUGCAACAAAGAAGGGUUCAAUGUCGUUUGUACUAAGAAAAAACAUUCUAAAGCCAGAAUUGGUAUUGUUAGCAACGGCGGGAAAAAGUGUGACUCGUGUGACUCAAGAAUCGGAUUUGGCACGGGAGGGAGCCCUGACAAUUCAAACACGUGCGGUAACGAGGCCGGUGUUUCUCCAGAUAAUGGAUACAAACACAUCAAAGCCAUGGGAUACAUCUUGGUACAAUAAAUAUGGCUCAGUUUUCGCAAAAAAACACUUAUAACAAGCCCAAUAGUCAUUAUACAGAUUUUUCCUGUUUCCUCGGAUAGGGACUUAUAUCCGUGUAUAACUUUGGUUUUACCCUAGAUCAAUCUCUAGCCAUUCUUUCUACUAAGUCUAGAAAGGUAAAUUUGAGAUACCAAGUUGAACAUUCCUUCAUGUAAAACGGCAUAUCAAACAGCAUUCAAAUAUUCUGAUAACAAAGGUGUCCAACUCGCUUACUUUAUCGUAGAAAUUAUUAUUGGCCAGUAAUGUUUUCCAUUAUUAUCCUAAAAUUUCAGACGGUGUAUCCUUUGAGGAAGAGAUGGACGGGUCAAAAUCUCUCCCACUGCAUUUGGAUUGUUAUGUGUAUCACUAUAAACUUUAAAGGAAAUGAAC